UGCCCAUGCCCAUGCCCAUGCCCACUGGGUGCUCCGGAUCAUCCCAACCAUCGAGGGGCAGUACUGUACUGUAUUAAUGUGCAAGGUUUCAAGGUUUGGAGCACCUCAAGUCAGUCCCAGUUGCUGACCCACACCAAUUUGUGACAGCAUUGUUACUCUGGAGCUUACCAGGAUCCAUGGUGGAUUCACUUGGAUCGCCCACACUGUCCGGGAGAUCUUAAAUAUCAUCAAUCCCUCACGCACCUCUGAAGCCUUGCAUUCGCAGGCGUUCCUAUCACCACCAGGGUCACAUACUUGUGUCGAAGCAAACUUAAGGAAUCGAACAUAAUAUCCUAAUCACGUUCAACAACACCAUACAAAACUCAAUCCCUCCACUACAUCGAUCUUGUUUUUAUCAACGACUUUCUUUCGCAUUGAUUCGGCUUUGCUCAUCUUUCUCGCCUUCAGCACAUCAACUCCGGGUCAUGAACCUCUCCAGUCUGGUCCACUCAGGUAGACAUCAAGUUGAACAGCAAUUCCAACCAUAUCCAUCAAGAGCACACAUCAUGGCGUCUUCUUUGGUAGCAAACCCAUACACAGCUCAGCCACUUGGUCAGAGCCCUGGCUACACAUACGUUACCGCACCUCAACCACCACCAUCUCCUCCGGUCGAUGAAGUCGCAAAAUGCUCUUUGCCAUCGAUAUCAAGCUUGUUAGGACUUGCUGACGGCUCAAACCCACAAGAACAGCAAUCUCAACAGCAAAGUCAGCAACAAGUUCAAACCAAGACAGAGUACCGUCCCGAUUCUGGUCAUCAGCACUAUGGACCAUCACCAGUCAUGGCAUCUAGGGGCGCGCUUCCACCUACUCCACCAAUGCAAUCAGAAUCUGGGUUCGAUGGCAGACAGUCACCUUCAGCGGGGUCGAACUCUGGAUACUCAGUUGCCUCCGCUCCGGGAUAUUACUUUGCACCAUCUUCAGUCUCAUCAAUCAAUAAUAUCGAGCCUCAUGCUCAGCGCCAGCAUGUUCCCCAACUUCAGCGUAGAGUCUCAAUGCCAGUGGCCGCCAUGGCAUACGCCCAAUCGCCAUACAAUGCGUCCCAGUACAGUGUCUCACCCCAGCAAUCGAUGAGCUCUUAUUAUCCAAGUCCAAUGCAAGCUACUCCUCCUCCGCAAGCACAAAUCUCCGGGCUUUACUAUCAGAGACCUCUUCCUCAGGUUUGUUUAUCUCUCGACAUUAUCUCGUCUUUCAAAGCUAACUUCGAAAAAGCAAUUCCCCCCACCAUUAAUGCCUGUCUCAGUCACCCUUACCCCAUCCUCUGGCGCAAAUCCAUGGCAGCAUCACCACUACAUCUCCCCAUCAUCCGCGGCCUCGUUUCCUCAAUCCCAAGAUCGUUACAUUUGCCAGACCUGCAACAAGGCCUUCUCCAGACCCUCCAGCUUACGAAUCCACUCGCACUCUCAUACUGGGGAAAAGCCAUUCAAGUGCCCACACCAAGGAUGCGGGAAGGCGUUCAGCGUCAGAAGUAACAUGAAGAGGCACGAGCGAGGAUGUCACAGCUUCGAAGGUGGAUCGAUGAUUUAACGUUAGCACUGGACACAACCUACACCGCAAACAAAUGGAGAGCGAAACUCUCUAUACCCCUUAAUGUAUAAAGUACGAUGUUUCCUUAAUUUUCAUUCACAUCUGUUGUGUUACUAGAGUGGCGCCUGUCGCUGAUACCCACUCAUUGUUUCCUUUGGGCUUUUGGUGGUUGUCGUCAUAUCAUGGAUCGGCGUUGGCGGGUAAUGUCGCAUUUACACCGGAGUUAAUGGCUAUUAGUUCCUCGAGAUUGGCUCGAGAGAACACUUAAAGGAGAGAUAUCUGAAAGGGAGCAAGAAAUAAAGGGGCACGCACAGGAUCGCGAGAUCCCAAUGUCCGGGGAAAUGAAACUGGGAAUGGAAAGGAAAUGAAAUGGAUAUGAGAAAGAUGCUUGCUGGUCCAUCAUCACCCAUUCUCUGCUCGCACAGCAGAGUGACUGCCAGAGACACCGAGCUCGGGUCACACAACAAAAGAAUUAGAUAGUUCUUUAGUAUGGGUGGCAUUUGUAAAGUAAUUGAACUUAAAUCAAUCAUAUUACCCAAAC